AUGUCCCUCCCCACCCAACUAGCCGAGACAGUGCAAAGCGCACACAUCAAGCGCGACCCCUCUCCACACCACGACCUGAACCCAUCGACCGCCGCUUCGAAAAGGGAACCCGUCCGACUGACGGAGAAGCCUGCGGGCGAGUUCUUCGACGAGAUCGACGACGCCAGCGAACUCGACGAUGGCGCAUCCGAGAUCCCCGUGUCGGUGCUGAAGCCGCGGCCGCGCCACCAAGGUUUCCCGCCCAUGCCCGACUUGCGCUUCGAGCAGAGCUACCUGCACAGUAUCGAGAACGCGGGGACGUGGUGGAAGGUUGCUUGGAUUACGGUGCGGGAUCAGAUGAUGAUGCCUCUGGCGCAGGGUGUUUUGUGGAAUUUGACGAUGAUGGGGUGGCAUCACUGGAACCGCAACGCACAGUACAGUGGGAGCUCGGUUGGGGCGAGGAUACGUAGGUGGUGGUAUGGAGUCAACAACUGGGCGAUACCCACCAAAGCGAAAUCGUCAUGA